ACAUAAAGCGGAUUGGAACGGGUGGUUUUAGUGAAGUCUAUACUGCUAAGUGGACAAAAGGAACAUUAAAGUGUUCUCAAAGAGAAUUUAACCGGAAAAAAAAUGCGACAGUUGUGUUAAAGGUUCUUAAAGAUUCCUCUAACAUUAAUUCUGCAUUCUUAACAGAGUUACAAAAUAUUGUUGAAA